CAUGGGGUGAUCGUUGCAGAUGAGGAGGAAUAUUUCAUUGAACCGCUGAGCCCAGGAGCCAACGUCAGCACAGGGAGCGAGGGCAAAGGCAGCCCCCACGUCGUGUACAAGCGAUCGUCUCUCCAGUACCCACACAUGGAUGCAGCCUGCGGCGUGCUAGAUGAGAAGCCCUGGAAGGGGAGACACUGGUGGCUGCGGACGCUGAAGCCAUCCCCUCUGAAGCCGUCGGGCAACCACAGCCAGCGAGGCCAGCUGCCCCUGAAGAGAUCCGUCAGCACGGAGCGCUACGUGGAGACCUUGGUGGUGGCCGACAAAAUGAUGGUGGGGUACCACGGGCGGCGGGACAUAGAGCAGUACAUCCUGGCCAUCAUGAAUAUUGUUGCCAAACUUUUCCAGGACUCGAGUCUGGGCAAUAUUGUCAAUAUCCUGGUGACCCGGCUGAUUCUCCUCACUGAGGAUCAGCCCACACUGGAGAUUAACCACCACGCUGGGAAAUCCCUGGACAGCUUCUGCAAGUGGCAGAAAUCCAUCGUGAACAGGAAUGGCAAUGGGAAUGCUAUCCCCGAGAAUGGCAUAGCCAACCAUGACACUGCAGUGCUGAUCACCAGAUAUGACAUUUGCAUCUACAAAAACAAACCGUGCGGCACCCUGGGCCUGGCCCCCGUUGGUGGGAUGUGUGAACGAGAACGAAGCUGCAGCAUCAACGAGGACAUUGGCCUGGCCACGGCCUUCACCAUUGCCCAUGAGAUCGGCCACACGUUUGGCAUGAACCACGAUGGGGUUGGAAACAGCUGUGGCUCUCGUGGGCAAGAAACGGCCAAGCUCAUGGCUGCUCACAUCACCAUGAAGACCAACCCGUUUGUAUGGUCCACAUGCAGCAGGGAUUACAUCACCAGCUUCCUGGACUCUGGGAUGGGAUUAUGCCUGAACAACGCUCCUCCCAAGCAAGACUUUAUCUACCCGACGGUGGCUCCAGGACAGGCCUACGAUGCAGACGAGCAGUGCCGUUUCCAGUACGGAGUUAAAUCUCGCCAGUGUAAAUACGGGGAAGUCUGCAGUGAGUUAUGGUGUCUGAGUAAAAGCAACCGCUGCAUAACCAACAGCAUCCCUGCUGCUGAGGGGACCAUAUGCCAAACCAAUACCAUUGAAAAGGGGUGGUGCUACAAGAGGGAGUGUGUGCCUUUCGGCACCCGACCGGAGGGCGUGGAUGGUGCCUGGGGAGCCUGGUCGUCCUGGGGAGAGUGCAGCAGGACGUGCGGCGGCGGCGUGUCGUCAUCNNCCUCUCGGUGCUGGUUUGGCAGGCCCACGAUCGGGGGGAAGUACUGCCUGGGAGAGCGGAAGCGGUACCGGUCCUGCAACACCGACGACUGCCCACCCGGCUCCCAGGACUUCCGAGAGCUGCAGUGUGCCGAAUUCGAUAACGUCCCCUUCCGAGGGAAGUACUACACCUGGAAGACGUACCGGGGAGGGGGUGUGAAAGCCUGUUCCCUCAACUGCCUGGCCGAGGGUUUCAACUUCUACACGGAACGAGCCGCGGCCGUGGUGGAUGGUACACUGUGCCGACAGGACUCCAACGACAUCUGCGUCAACGGGGAGUGCAAGCAUGUGGGCUGUGACCGUGUCCUGGGCUCUGACUCAAAGGAGGACAAGUGUCGCGUGUGUGGGGGAGAUGGCAGCUCCUGUGAGACCAUUGAGGGCGUCUUCAACCAGUCCCUGCCAGAGGGAGGUUACGAGGAGGUGAUCCAGAUUCCCAAGGGCUCCGUCCACAUUGACAUCCGGGAGCUGAACCUCUCCAUCAACUACCUAGCGCUGAGAGGGGAGGGCGGCGAGUAUUACAUCAACGGGAAGCUCUCCAUCGACCCACCACGGCGCUUUGACAUCGCAGGCACGACAUUCCACUACAGGAGAUCCCCAGAGGAGCCUGAGUCCCUGGAGGCCUUGGGACCCACCAACAUCACCCUCUUUGUCAUGGUCCUUGUGCGGACAGAGCUCCAGGGGAUCCGGUACAAGUUCAACGCGCCCAUCAGCAGGGAUGCCUCGAACCAGUAUUCCUGGCACUACGCUCCGUGGACAAAAUGCUCAGUGCUGUGUGCGGGGGGCAGCCAGAUCCAACCUGUGGUAUGCAAGAAACUUUCCGAUGGCUCGACUGUCUUCAACCAUUUCUGUAGCCCUGAAACCAAAAUGCCAGAGCGGCAGAGGCCGUGCAAUACCGAACCGUGUCCCCCGGCGUGGGUGAUUGGGAACUGGUCUGACUGCAGCCGGAGUUGCAACGAAGGCGUCCGCACACGCAGCGUCUUCUGCAAGCGUAAGAUCUCUGCCACUGAGGAGAAGACCUUGGAUGAUGCUUCUUGCACCCAUCCACGGCCAAAGAUGCUUGAGCCUUGCAAUAACCAGACGUGCCCUCCAGAGUGGGUCGCCCUGGACUGGUCUGAGUGCACCCCAAGCUGCGGGCCAGGCUUCCGCCACCGCAUUGUCCUCUGCAAGAGUGGUGACCACAGUGCAACUCUGCCCACCUCCCAGUGCUACGAAGGCUCCAAGCCCCCCACCAGCAUGAGGUGCAACCUGCGGCGCUGCCCACCACCACGCUGGGUGACCAGCGAGUGGGGAGAGUGCUCUGCGCAGUGUGGCCUUGGCCAGCAGAGAAGAUCCGUCCAGUGCCUGGCUCACACUGGGCAGCCGUCCAGCGACUGCGUGGAGACCCUGCAGCCGCCCGGCAUGCAGCAGUGCGAGACGAAGUGCGAAUCGGGACCUACAGACAACCCCGAAGAGUGCAAGGAUGUGAACAAGGUGGCCUACUGCCCGCUCGUCCUGAAGUUCAAGUUCUGCAGCCGGACCUACUUCCGACAGAUGUGCUGUAAAACGUGCCAGGGGCACUAG